AUGUCUGUAUCGGAAGCAGAAUUAGUCGCUUUGUUCGACAAGGUCGGAUUGGCCGAGAAAAAGACUAAGGAAAUCGUCAAGAACAAGAAGGUAUCCCAAUCGUUGUACGAGAUCUUGUCCAAUGAAUCACCCAAGGACCAACUGUUUGACGAAAAGAAGUUGGCACUCUUGCACCAGCUUGCCGUCGAGAGCAAAGGUGCUGAGAUUCCACAACGUGAGCUCGUCACUGCUGCCAUCUUGGACGGCAGAUUGAAGACCAACUUGCAAAUCACCGAAGGUGUCAAGUACGUCAAGGAGAACGAAGCAAACUCCACCAACGCUGGAUUGAACGAAGCAGCAGGAGUUGGCAUCGAAUUGUCUGAAGCAGAUGUCAAGGCCGAAAUCUCCAAGUGGAUGGCUGACAACAAGGAGGAAGUCGAGUCCAAGAGGUAUUCGAUGGUUCCUCGUGUGUUGGGUGAGGCCAAGAAAUUGCCUUCUUUGAAAUGGGCUGCCCCAUCCUUGUUCAAGCCUAUCAUUGAUGGUUUAUUUUUGGAGACCUUGGGCCCAAAGGAUGAACGUGACGUCGUCAAGAAGGAAAAGAAGAAGAAGGAACCUGCAGCCGACAAGAAGACUAAGGCUGCCCCAGAACCGGAAAGAUCCAUGUUCUCGGAGGGUUUCCUUGGUGAAUUACACAAGGCAGGUGACCAGCCACAAAUGUACCCCGAAUUAAUCAAGGGCCAUUUGGAGUUCACUAAAGGAAAGGUUUUCACUCGUUUCCCUCCGGAACCAAACGGAUUCUUGCAUAUUGGACAUUCCAAGGCCAUCAUGGUCAACUUUGGUUACGCCAAGUACCACGGUGGUAACUGUUACUUGAGAUUUGACGACACCAAUCCUGAAGCCGAAGAAGAAGUUUACUUCAACUCCAUCAAGGACAUGGUGGAUUGGUUGGGUUUCGAACCCUGGAAGAUCACCUACUCUUCUGACUACUUUGAUGAAUUGUACGAGUUGGCAGAAAAGUUGAUUGAAGUCGGCAAGGCCUAUGUUUGUCACUGUACUCCGGAGCAAGUCAAGAUCAACCGUGGGUUGAAGGCUGACGGUACCUUGGGUGGUGAAAGAAAGGGAUGUGACGAACGUGAAGCUUCCGUUGAAGAAAACUUGAAGAAGUUCCGUAUGAUGAAGAACGGCGAAUACGCAGUUGGAGAAGCUACUUUAAGAAUGAAGCAAGACUUGACUUCGCCAUCCCCUCAAAUGUGGGACUUGGUGGCCUACCGUGUGUUAAACGCUCCUCAUCACAGAUCUGGCGAUAAAUGGAAGAUUUACCCAACCUACGAUUUUACCCACUGUUUGGUCGAUUCUUUCGAAAACAUCAGUCACUCGUUGUGUACCACCGAGUUCAGAUUGUCCCGUGAAUCCUACGAAUGGUUGUGUGACGUAUUGCAUGUGUACAGACCAGCCCAACGUGAAUACGGAAGAUUAAACAUUACCGGUACCGUCCUUUCCAAGAGAAAGAUUGCCAAGUUGGUCAACGAAAAAUACGUUCGUGGAUGGAACGAUCCUCGUUUGUACACUUUGGAGGCCAUCAGACGUCGUGGUGUUCCACCAGGAGCCAUCUUGUCGUUCAUUAACACCUUGGGUGUCACCACUUCUACCACCAACAUUCAAGUGGUCAGAUUUGACAGUGCAGUCAGGGCUUUCUUGGACCAAACCACACCAAGAUUGAUGAUGGUUUUGGACCCUCUCGAAAUCGUGGUCGACAAUGUUGCCGACGACUUCGAAGAAUCAAUCGAGAUUCCAUACAAGCCAGGUAAAGGAGGUGAAGUCUUCGGUUCCCGUACUAUCAAGUUUGGCAAAUACAUAUAUAUUGACCGCAGUGAUUUCCGUGAAGAGUCCUCCAAGGAAUACUUCAGAUUGGCUCCAGGCCAACCUGUUGGUUUGAUGAAGGUCCCAUACAACGUCAGUUUCAAGUCGCUCGAGAAGGAUGCCAACGGCAACAUCGUUAGAGUGCAUGUCAACUAUGAUAACACCGAGGCUAAGAAGCCUAAGACCUUCAUCCAAUGGGUGCCUAAGGUCGAUGCCAUCAAGGUCAAGCAAGUCAGAAUCUACAACCAGUUGUUCCACAGCGAAAACCCUGCUGCCCACCCCGAUGGAUACUUGAAGGACGUGAAUCCAAACUCCGAGGAAAUCAUCGAGGGUGCGUUGAUCGAGCGUCCUUUCGAGGAAAUCAAGGCCAAGUCUCCAUUGAACAUCGAAAUUCCUGGCAGCGAGUUCAACAUCAAGGAGCGCAAGGGUCUUGAGACAGUGAGAUUCCAGGCGUUGAGAGUUGGUUACUUCUGUGUCGACGCUGACUCUACGGAGGACGAGUUGGUUUUGAACAGAAUCGUCACUUUAAAGGAAGACUCUGCCAAAGAUUAG